AUGACCCAACUAGAGUGGAGUAUCGACCGCUCAUUCUUCCAAACGCUGGAUUCAAUAUGGGGCCCUCACUCGAUCGACCUAUUUGCCUCUCCUAGGAACGCCCAGCUUCCCCAAUUCAUGACGUGGAAACCUCACCCCCAAGCGCUCAACUUCAACGCCCUCCAACGACCAUGGACCAAACUGGGCAACCUUUACAUCUGUCCCCCUUGGAAUCUCAUCCCACAGAUUCUCCAGAAACUUCAUACUUUCGCCUCCGGGCGCGGCACCAAACGUGCUCGAGAAGAACCCGCAUUCGAGGCUCCAGGCAUGGCGCGUAAGCGGCGCCUAUACUCGGAAAUAGGACUCAGCUCAGACGCGUCACAUACGAUAUUGGACUCGCCACAAGCCCAACGCCGACACGUCGCUUACGGUCCUACCCAACAAGUCUACAUCCGAUGGGCACAAGAGCGGGAUGAGGACCCGUUUCACCCAGAUCCAGCCCUCCUCAUCAACUAUCUCGCCCACCAACGCCGCACAAGAGAUUGGAAGCCGACCACCGUCCUCGCUAAACGCUCCACAAUUUUAGACCUGUUCAGCGAUCGAUCGCCAAUCACGGAGAGCAUGGUUUACAAAGAUUAUAUCGCUGCGCUGAAGGCUACGGACAUAAAGCCCGCAGAAAUCGGUUGCCUGGACAUCUCGCCUGCACUUGCCUACUUGCAAUCGCUGCCCAACAAUGACGAUAUGGCACUAGUCCAGUUGACGCGCAAACUUUGCUGGCUCCUGGACAUUUGUAGCUUCCUCCGCGCGGACGACAUUCAUUGCGUUGACAUCAACAAGACGACCUUUGACAAGCGGUACUUGAAGCUCUUUGUUCUUCUUCCUAAGGAGAGACGCAAGGGCAAGAGGAUUGAGAAGGUGGUGUAUAUAUCCGCCAACUCUGACCCCAAACUCUGCCCCUUGGCUGCUUAUCAGUUCUACACCUCGCGUAUCAAGGAUCACCCAGUGACGGUUCCGCAUCCCAAGGACAAGAAUUUUACAAUCUGCCCUUUCAUUCGUAAUACUCUUCGCCUACAUGCAGCUGUCUCUAUGCAAACCAUCUCCAAUCACAUGGAUUCGAUCUCGACCUUGAUACCUGAGGUUGAACGCCCCACCCGUCGUGUCAAGCCCCGAGCCAUUGGAUCUACCAUCGCCGCCGAGUCGGGUAUGUCUAUUGACGACAUCAUUGCACACGGAAAUUGGUCCUCUCCCGACACGUUCCAAAAUUUUUACCGUCUCGCGAGUAGGACCAGGUCCAAUUUUACUGAGAUAACACUCAGUAAAAGCUCUGGAUCCACAUUAUAG